CAUCUUUACCUACGCAUUUUGCUGCAGUGUGACCGAGUGACACAACAGCGCGCCAAAAACGAUUUUCCCGCUCGCGUCGCUCCUAACAUUUCUUAGGGAAAAGGAGCAAGGAAGACCCUAAGUUCGUACGUUUCUGUCAUAUUUUCCAGAAUGAUAGGAUCUACAGACUUGGAGGAAAGUACUGACGGCCUUGGCAGCAGGAAUGACGGGGGAAUUGGGCAGAAAACAGAGAAGCUGAUGCCUCCAGAUGCCAACAUUGGAGAUGGUAUUGACAAGAACAGCCCUGUUAGUCAGGAGACAGAAGCAGCCAACAGAGGGGAGAAUGAAAAAGACAACACUGUUAACAAAACACCCAGUACCAAGAUGAGAAGGCUUGUCCUGGACUCAUCAUCUGAUGAGGAGGACAUGGUUAUAUCUAGAAAACAGCUACAGAAAACGGAUGACUCGGAUGGAGAAGAUGUCAACCUCUCCAUCAGGAAGACACCAAAAACCCGCAGAAAGGCCAUCCUGGAAGAUUCCGAUGAGGAGGAUUGCUCCCCUCCAACAGGGGAGGGUUCUACAGAUCAGCAUCCAGCAGCAGGAGGAGGGAACUCAGACAGUUCUGAUGGAGAAGACCUGGAGACCAACAGAAGAGUCAAGAAAUCAAGUGGCAAAAAGAAAAGGAUUGUCAUGGAAGACUCCUCUGAUGAAGAUGAGGGUCUGGGGAGUUUACCAAGCAGCAAGAUCAAGAAAAAUGACAAACCUACAUCUGGCAAAAUGAACAUCCUCGCUGACUCUGAUGAUGAUGAAGAUAUGCUUGAAGAAAGAUCACCAAAAGUCAAGGAACAGAAAGAUCAGAAUAAAGACAAGGCAGAAGAGAAAACAUCCAAAGAUGGGAAGAAGAAAAGGCCUGUGCUGGAUUCAUCCUCAGAUGAGGAGGCAGAGAUUCACCUGAACAAGUUGAACUCUGACCUCUUUGAUGAUGAACAAAAUGACGACAGUGACCGGAGUGAGGGAAGGGACAUGGAGGGAGAAGAAGAGGAAGAGGACAGGCCUAAGAAAACAGCAAAGAGCAAAGGAAGAAAGAAACAGGAGAAACCUCCCAGGCCCAAGAGGCUGAGUAAAGCUGAACAACAUCUGAUGCACAGUGAAACACAACGGAUGACCAGAGAGUCAGAGCUGAAACUACCUUACCUCAAGCCACCUCCGAAGACAAUAGACGACUUCUUCAAGCCCAGACCUAAGCCAGGGCCACUCAAAGCUGCUGGGGGAAUCGCAAGCUUCCUUAGAAGACCUGCUGCCCAACAGUUGGCUGUCAGGAAAACAACACUCCAGCCCACAAGACUAGCUGAGAAACCACCCAGCAGUUCACAAGUUCCUUCAAAUGCCAACCCAGCAGCCCCUCCACAAGACACUAAAGCAGAUGUUUUCACACAUGAUGAGCUUGAUGAGCUGCCUGACAUUGUAGGUAUCAGUGCAGAUAAAGAGGAUAAGGAUCUUCCUCAAGUUUCAGCAUCCCUGACUGAAAUAGGGGAUUCAGGUCUAAUGGCUGUAAAUACAAACAUAUCAGAGAAUGAUGUAGAAAUGCAGGAGAAUGCUGAAACCACUCAGGGAACACCAGAAGGUGUGACUCAGGACUCUGGUGUGGAGACAGAUGCUGCUAUGUCCACACAGACUGUUGCCCCCCUCCCCACUGACAUCUUGGACGAAGUCACGUCUCCCCAACCUGACAUGCCACAGACAACCUCAGCUGAGCAGUCUGAACCUGCAGUAGAGGAACAGGAAAAAGGAGACGUCAAACUGAUGGUGCCGCCACCUUGCCUCAGUGGAGGUCCUGACUCCUUUAUUGAUUUGGAAGAUUCUGGUGUGAGCGGCUCUGACAAGCCCAAGAAGAAAGGUGGUAUGGUGGACCUGCUGGACAGGUUCAUGAAGCACUCCCAGGCCAGCAAGAAACGAGCCAAGAAACACCAACAACACAUCAGUAUCGUGAAGAAGGAGAUGACUGCUGAGGGGAAGGAGGAACUGAAGCAGGAGACCCUAACUGUCACUGUGGAGGAAGGGGAAGAGCCUGUUAAAGAAGUAACACCUGGUGCUCGGCUGUCGAGGCUGAAGGAGAAGCUGCAGGCCAAGAUGCGUGAGCGGCGGGCACAGGAGAGGGAGAAACGACAGCAGAUGUACCAGCUGGAUAACGAGGAGGGGUUUGGGGAGGAGGAGGAGGAAGAGGAGCUGACUGAUGAGGAGGACACAGACGACGAAGAGCAAGAUGAAGAUGGGGAGAUGGAUCGAGGACAGGGCAUUUUAGAUCUGGAGGCAGAAGAAGAUGGAGAUGAAGAGGAAGAGGAUGCUGACACUAUCCUUACAGACGAGCUUCCAGCCACUACCAACCUCAAACCCGUCAAACUGUGCCCAGGUGACAGCGAGACGGACAGCUCCAACGUUGAUUUCAAAACACCGGCAAAGUUUGCGCGCCCUCCCCAUCCUUUCUCUGCCGGGUCUGAUAAAACCAUGGACUUGUUCGACUCCACGAGCGAGAGCAACUUGACCACGCCUGGAAACAGUAACCACAGCAUCAAGUCGAAGCCAGAUGGAACUAAAGGGUUAGAAGUUACACCAACAGGUCAGUCCAAGCCAGGGAGAGGCUUCUUCAGCUUUAGUGCCAUUAAACAGAAGAAAGGUCUCAUCCGACAUGAAUCCCAGGGUUUCCCAUUUGAUGACAGUGAUCUGUCGCAGGAUGGUAUUAUAAAGGACUCUAAAGGACAAGCAGACAUCAGCAGUGUAGACCUCAACACAAGUAUGGACCUCGGGGCUUCUAUCCCCUCACACCAGCCAGAGAAAAAAAUUGGGCUAAGCCGUGAGGACACAGCUCCUGAUCUGUUCGCACCAUUCUCCAGGUUCAAGUCUGGAGAAGAGCCAGAUUCAGGGCAAAAGAGCUCAAUCAAGCUGUCUGAGUUGACCCUGCCCAUUGAGGACUCCCAGGACCUGUACCGCUCCUCCCAGUCCCCACCACCGGGACAGAGGCUACUCAGCACACAGAGUUUCCACUUCUCUCUGGAGAGUGACUCUCAACAGAGCCAGCUGCUCGACUCAGAUGGGUUUCUAAAGGCAGUCGAUGAGAAAAGGCCCCCUAAGCGUCAGUUACUGCUGUCUGAUGACAAUGCCAUGGACACCAACAUGGAGGAGUUGUUGGAUCUGUGCUCAGGGAAGUUUACAGGAACUUAG